AUGAAUAUUCUUGUAUGGAAUAUUAGAGGGAGUUGUUCCUCGAAGGCAAGUUUGAGGCGGAUUACUAAUAAAUACCGUCCAUCGGUUGUAGCAGUUUUAGAACCUUUUCUUUCAGUUAAUAAGUGUUCUCAUUGGGCACGGUGGUUACGUCUUCCAAAUUUCUAUAAUAAUGUGGAAGAAGGUGGUAAAGUUUGGUUGUUCUGGGCUAAUGGCAUUGAGUUUCAACUACAUUCAGUGAUGGCUCAAGCUCUCUCAGGUUGGUUCUCUCUUGGUAAUUCUAGAGUGUUGGCAACUUUUAUUUAUGCAAGUUGUUUUCAAGAUCAGCGUCGGGUCCUUUGGAAUUAUCUUAAGGAUUUAGAUGGUGGUGAUAAUAUACCGUGGUUUCUUGGUGGGGAUUUUAAUAUUGUCCGGUCUGAAGGUGAGAAAAUUGGUGGAGUUUGUCAGUCUUCUCGGGGGCGGGAUGAGUUCAAUAGCUGUAUUCAAGAUUGUAGUCUUGUUGAUCGUCCUUAUUCUGGCAAUUGUUUUUCUUGGUGUAAUGGGAGGUUAGGGGGUGGAAGAAUUUGGGCUCGUCUUGAUAGAGUGCUGGUGAAUACUAGUUUUCUAUCAAGUUUUCCUAAUAGUUGUUUGAUGUAUCUUCCUCGAACCUCGUCUGAUCAUUGUCCUAUGGUUACUUCUUUAUGGGUUGAUAGGAGGGUUGGUCCUACACCUUUUCGUUUUCAAAGAAUGUGGUGUUUGCAUGAGGAGUUCUUAGGUGUGGUAAGUGAGUGUUGGAGGCAAGAAUUUCAAGGUUGCCCGAUGGUGAAAUUCAGUAGAAAAUUAAAAAAAUUGAAACAAGUAUUGAAAAAAUGGAAUAGUGAGGUCUUCGGUAAAGUGGAAGUAGAUCUUAAAGUCAUUGAAGAGGAGCUUCUUGAGUUGGAGAAUAAUGUUCAGCAAAAUUAUACUCAGGAUAUGGAAGUUGAGCUUUUGAGAUUCAAGCAAAAGCAUAUCCAAUAUUUGCAUAGAGAGGAGAUUAUAGGGUGUCAAAAAUCCAGAGUUAAGUGGAUUUGUGAAGGUGAUGAAAACACAGCUUUCUUUCAUGCUUCUCUUAGAUGUAAAAAGAAAUUUAAGACUUUAGAGAGUAUGAUUCUUGAAGAUGGUAGUGUUCUUGAUUCCGGUGAAGCAGUCCUUGAGGGGACUAUUGAUUUCUUCCAACAGCAGUUAACCACGUCAGCUGUGUCUUUUGAGGAGCCUGGUAUGAAUCUUAUAACUUCUAUUAUCACUGAGGAUGAUAAUCGGUUUCUUUACAGAGUUCCAGAUUUGAUGGAGGUUAAGGAGACGCUUUGGUCGAUCCCACAAGAUAGUAGUCCGGGGCCUGAUGGUUUUUCUGCUAGUUUUUUCCAUCAUGCCUGGGACAUUAUCAAAGAAGAUUUAUUGAUGUUGGCGAUUGAAUUCUUUGAGGGGAAGCCUUUAACCACUUUCUUUGGUGCCACCAAUAUUGUGUUGAUACCGAAAGUGGAUGACCCAAGGGGUUUUUCACAAUUCAGGCCUAUCAGUUUAUGUUCUGUUGUUUAUAAAAUUUUAUCCAAGGUUCUGGUGAAUAGGUUGGAACCAAUCAUGAAGAAAAUAAUCUCUAAUGAACAAUCAGCCUUUAUUAAAGGCCGAAGCAUUUUUGAUAAUAUUUCUAUUGCUCAAGAAAUGGUUCAGAGUAUGAACAAGAAAGUGAGAGGUGGUAAUGUUAUGAUUAAAAUUGAUAUGGCAAAGGCGUAUGACAGGGUAAAUUGGAGGUUCUUGUUGGAGGUGAUGAAGAGGGCAUUUUCAAACCUUCCCGAGGAAAAAGUAAAGCCUUUUAAUGCUAAUGGAGGUACUCUGAUUUCUCAUUUGUUUUAUGCUGAUGAUGUGCUGAUUUUUUCAAAUGGGGGUAAAAGAUCUCUACUGCAGAUUAUGAAGACUUUGCAAGCGUACCAAUCUAUGUCUAGGCAGAUGGGGAAUUCGGUGUGGGCAAAAUUCUUUCUGAAGAAAUAUGUGGGUGGUAAGCACCCUAUGGCUCUUUAUAAUUCCACAGGUUCAAGAUUUUGGAAAGGUAUUUUGUCAUUGAUGCCGAUUGUGCAACAAAAUUCAUGUAUUUUGAUUAGAAGUGGUGCUUGUAAUUUUUGGUUUGAUAAUUGGUUGGGGGAUGGGGCCAUUGCUAAUACUGAAGAGGUUAGUGUAGAUGAGAAUUUAUUGGUGGCUGAUAUUUUAAAUAGUUCUGGAUGGGAUGUGACUAAAUUGCGUAUGCUGGUGUCGGAAGAGAUGGUUGAGAAAAUAAUUGCUUCGCCGGUUCAAAUAUCAGGUGGAUCAGAUGUGCGUAUUUGGCAGCCUAAUCCGGAUGGUACUUUCUUUACCAAAUAUGCUUGGCAUUUAAUUAGAGAGACAGGGCCUAAAUUUGAUAGAUUGCAUGCAAAUGAUAUCAAGGUUUUACAGGAAUUAAAUUGCCCAAUUUCUCAUGUUAGCAAAAAAAGUAUGAAAGCUAUAGCUUGGAUUAAGCCAAAUAGAGAUCAGUAUAAACUAAAUGUUGAUGGUAGUUGGCUCAGAAAUCUUGGAUUAGCAUGUGGCGGUGGGGUUAUUAGAGAUCAUGAUGGUCGAGUGUUGGCGGGUUUUGCUAUUCAUUAUGGGCAGGUUUCCAAUAAUGUUGCUGAGGGGAGAGCUUUACUUGAUGGUUUAAAGUUGGCACAACAGUUGGGUAUUCGAGAUAUCUUGGUGGAGUCCGAUUCAGAAGUUAUUGAUGACAUCCAGAGAUUGUUUGUUGAUUUACAGUGUUCCAUCCAUCAUAUUUUCAGAGAAGCAAACAUGGUUGCGGACUAUCUUGCCAAAGAGGGGGCUUUUAAUGGAGUUGAGAAUGAGAGAGUAUAUUUAAAAAGUAUAAGUGACUAUGCAUGGAUUUGGUACGGAAGAGAUCUAUUUCGUUAUCAAUGUGUGGUGAAAGUUACCUUGGUAGGUGAUGAAAUGGAUUAG